UCCCCCAUCAUCACAAACGCAGACCCAAGAAGAAAUCGAGGACUAGACAUGUACAAGGGCCUGACAUGGAGGAAUUCAAGUAUGAAGAGCUGGUCGAAGCGACAGAGAGCUUCUCCCCAAGCCGGCUCGUUGGAAAAGGCAGCCAUGGAUGCGUCUACAAAGGCGUUCUCGGUGACGACCGAGUGAUCGCCGUCAAGACACUGUCCCUCGCCCUCCGAGCCCUCCACGACAACUCCAAGCUCCACAACGAGACACGCAUAUUAUCAUCACUUGCUGACCCUGACAACUCCUCUUCUUCUUUGUCUGAUCAUGUGAUAAAGCUUCUGGGAACCAGCCAGGACCCAUCACACAACGAGGUCCUGGUCAUCGAGUUCAUGCCCAACGGCUCUCUCCACGACUUGCUCCAUCCUCCUGCCAAUGGUGCCCCGCCGCCAACAUGGCCCGCACGUCUGAGGAUCGCUCUCCAGGUGGCACGUGCGCUCCAGUCCCUUCACGGCAGGAAGCCCUUCAUCGUCCACAGGGACAUCAAGUCCGCCAAUAUCCUAUUCGAUUCAGAGUGGAACGCCAAGUUGGCCGAUUUCGGGCUCGCCGUGAUGGACAGCGAUGACCGGCUCGACUCGCCGGCCGGUACUAUCGGGUACUUGGACCCUAAUUACACCUGUCCUAGCAAGUUGAGCCGCAAAAACGAUGUCUUCAGUUUUGGGGUUGUGUUGUUGGAGAUCAUGAGUGGGAGGAAAGCCAUGGAUGUGUCGAAGCAAACGGCCUCAAUAGUCGAUUGGGCAAUCUCUCUGCUAGAAGGGCAAAGAGCGAUGGAUAUCUGUGACCCCAGAAUUUCAUUGCCCAGCGCAGUGCCCUUCAGGCACAUGGUCCACCUCGCGGGACGUUGCGUAGCGGCCGACGAAGGCUCUCGACCGUCUGUCUCGGAAAUUGUCAUGGAGAUGGAAAGAGUUCUCCCCCAUCACCGAGUUCGGGUACCGGCAUGGUUGAGCCCGUGGAGGAGCCUAGCUUUGUUGAAGAGGUGGCGAAAACAUGCUAGAAGAUGCAACACGAGUACUUUGGUAAAACCAGGAGCGCAAAAAGGAGAGAUUCAGGGAGACAUGCUAAGUGGGAAAGUGUAGUUCCAAAGGAUGUUCCUGGGCGAUGCUCGUCGCAUUAGGAGGAGGAGGAGAACGAUCAUGGCAUCCAUGAGAGAGAAGCGAGCGAGCGAGCGAGUUGGGCAAUGACUCGGGGGUGAGUUGGAAGACCCGAGUUGGUCAAAGCGGGGACGAAAUGGAAAUCAACCUCACAGCCUGCGGGGCAUGUAGUACAAGCACAAGAUUCCCAAAAUAGUAGGUGGAGGCAGAAAAAAUGAUAAUUAAAGGGGAAGAAUAUGUUAAAGUGAGAUGCCCGGUCAUUCCUUGCUGAUUGAGAUGGUCCUCCUCACUCCCUUCUCCUUUGGCUUUAUUAGUAUAGAUUAGGGGCUGAAUUGGAGUCCCAAGAAUAGAAAUUAUUUUUGAUCCAUGCCUUUUGUCUCUGUAAAGAGUUUUGUGAUCUUUAUAUCAAGAAAUACUUGAGUGGUUUUGGUACCAA